AAAUUAACUAUGCUUGAGACUAUGUUUGCCAGGUCAUCAUUGUUUAAACGAAUAAUCAAAUUGACCAAAGAACUUGUAAAUGAUGUAAAUUUUCGAUUUACAGAAUCAGGCAAGGUAUUAAAUCGAGCAAGUGAUAAUGAUACUUUAAUCCUGAAACUUAAAGAAAAUACUACUGAUAGGUUAUAUGUAAUAUUUAUAAAUCCUGACAAUGGUAAAGAGACCAAAUAUGAGAUCGGGUUACUUGAUAUCGACCAGGAGCAAAUUGAUAUACCAGCAGUUGUAUACAAUAUAUUUAUUGAAAUAGCAUUCAGUGAGUUUAAAAGAAUAUACCAAGAUCAAACAAUCGCAGGAAAUCACCUAACCAUAACUACUAAUCAAGAAACAGGGAUUGUAAAUUUAAAUACGAAGGAUGAUAUUAACAUCGG